AUGCUGCUAAUCCUCGUUCUGUUCCUGGCCGACGCUUCGCACGCAGCUGACAUUCCUCCUGCCAAGCGCUGUUUGGCCUGCUUCCACGCACCACAGCACUGCGCCAUCUUCAUUCGCCAACUCGAAUAUGCCGCAUUCAAUAAGCUGAAUCCCUGUCCACUGGACAAGCCUGAGCAAGCACCCAAGCUGACUAGGCUUGAAGACGGCUUCUACAAAUGCCCAACUAAACCACACACCUUUUGUGUUCUAAUUGUGAGCUCAUCUCAUGCGAGUUAUCACCCACUAGCACUGGACGCGCCAUUUGAACUGCGAAUCAGCCAGACGAAUGUGCGUCGCGACGACCGCAUCUCUAUCUACGUGUACGUGGGCAACCUGCGUGCCAUCGAACAGCACGGACUCUGGUACAAGUGGCUCUACGACCACGAGAAUAGGCAGCAUCAAAGCAAGGCCACUGGGGGUACCUGCAUGCUCGCGGGUUUCAGUGGAAAACCACCGCUUGAACUGCUGGGAGUCUUCCCCAUCGCACAGGCGGGCUCUCCCAUGGCGGUUGCCAACAAGGAGACGGACUUCUACGAGGUCCUGGGCAACGAGGUGCGCAUUCGCGAAGGCUUCUGCGGCACCUUCAAUGUUCAUGGCACCAGCUCCGUGGCGAGCCAAUCAUUUCCCGUCGUCAUUACAGACUGCGGGUGUGACGUUUCUGAAGGCCGUCUUAUGGUGGGACAUGGCUUAUUCCGCGAUUACUGUGAGUUUUUCGGCAAAGUGAUUUACUCCCUGAGGCUACCGAACUCCGGUCCAGGCGCAUCCUGCACGGUCGAGGGUCGCAGCGACAUUGUCUGCGAGCUGAAGGCGUUUGAGAUUGUGAAGAUCAUGUGCCUCCUCGACUCAAACGGCAUCCCCGAGAAUGCGUUCCGCAACCUAACCAAAGUCACCAUCCGAGUGCAGACUGACAAGUGCCUCAUCAGAAAUGAGGUCAAACUGCCCAAGAUUAAAUACGCGAACUAUAAGAUGAUUCUGACGCCAAAUCGCAAUUCGUACAAUCCGCUGCGCGAUAAGUUGACGGUGAAACUGUGCCUCGGCACCUACUGCCAGACGGAACCACUGGGUUGCGAGAUCCAAGCGCCAAACCACACUCCGCUGCUGACCAUCAAGGCUAAGCAGUCUGUGGUCAAUGUAGGUCUACAUGGGAUUCUCUGCAUCUCCAAGGUGGUGCUUUUGUGCGCGACCGAGCAAGAAGCCGACUCCCGGUACCAGUACAUCCUCCCCAUCCACCCAGUGAAGAAGCCCGCCUUCCCCAAAGGCCACGUCAAACUGGUUUAUCCCAUCACGUUCUUCGAUGUGAUGGGUACAGGGGUGCCCGAGUCGAUGGUGCGGAAAGACAACCUGCGUUGCGACAUGGAACCGAAGCAACUGCCAAUGAGCGAAGACGGGAUCAUCGAUGCGACCAAUGCCACGGAAUCCCAGUACCACGUCAAGUGCCGCUUCCUUGAGUGUGACUGGCAAUUUCGACUGGAUACCACUCGCAUGCACAAACCUGCGCAUGUGAAGAAGACGUCAGGUGGGCGAUGCGGACUAGUGUGCACUCGAGUCAUCCUCAUGGUGAUUCUGUGCUUCCUCUUCGUGUUCGCGUACCUUGGCCUUCUCGCAUACACCUUCGUCGCGUGCAUGAAACGUGGCCAGGAGCAAAGUCGGAUUGGACAACCGCGACGAACAGCUCACAGAGACGACCUGCUGCCACCCAAGUUGCCAGAGGGUGCUCUCACGCAAAUAACAUUCGGCCCAGACGUCGUCUCACCGCAGGUAGCAGACGAAUUGGACGAGCUACUUCAGGCAUUUAGUGACGUCCUGCUGGUCAGGGAGGCGAUUGAGAAGUACAAGUUAAAGUAG